CCAAAGUACUAGGAUUACAGGUGUGGCCCACCGUACCUGGCCAUUUUUGCCUUUUUUGUUCAGUGAUAUAUCCCAAGUACCUUGACACUGAGUAGGUGCUCAAUAAAUAUUUGUUGACUACAUGAAUGAAUCAUGCCCAAGAUUCUGAGAUUACCUACCACUUACAGGUAAAUUCUGAAAACAAAAAUACUACUCAUCUCAGUUUCACAGGCCUUCUCACGCACAGAGGGUGAUGCUUCUCUGUCUUGGCGUCUCGGUUCUCCUGAGUGUCAUAUUCCAAGCUCACAGGAGCCCCCAGAGUAGCACUGACCCAGACGCUACACACAGCUGUCACCACCACAAGGAACAGGACAUACAAAGUGAAGGAAGUACUAAGGCAGGAUGUUGAGAGCAGCAACACCAAUAGCAUUUUAAACACAAACAUUUGGGAAGUAUUAAAGUUUCGUAAUUUUCAAUAAAAAAGGGAGGGAACAAGUGAAAUUGAGAGGUGUUGGCUGCCUUCUCCAGGUAAAGCCACAUGGCCUUGGUUGGUACCUGGAACUGGAGAGGCCCAUGAAUCAUUGUGGAAUGGCUUUGCUACUGGGGAUGGUGCCGGGCAUCAUGACAGUGAUGAUUCACCCACCUCCCUCGUGUCUCUUCCAUCUCCUCCGAAAGGUAAGCAGUAUCUCCAGAUGACAAGGAAUCAGACAAAGCAUCUUUCUAGGCUGUUCGAUCUGUACCUCAGGUCAGAGAAGAAGCAACCCUUAACAUCACAGUGAUUGACUCUUCCCAGGAUCGUGGACCAUAGGUGUAUAUGAGAGGAUAUAAAUGACAACUCUUCCUGAAAUUGAUUUCAGUUGACACCUGGAUCAGGUGUUCUAUUAAAGAGUCAUUAGAACCAUGUGGCCAGGGGACAAAUAUAGUCUUUGAAUGUGACGUUCAAGCUUCCUCAUUGCUGAACAUGUUUAGGCAGGUACAGGCAUCCUUAGGUGUCCACGUAUUUGGGACAUGUAAGUGGAGAGGCAUGAACCUGAUUCAUUUCCUGAUCCAGUGAUGCUCCCCAGCCUGCCUCCAAACAGAUGCAGCAUAGCCCAGGCCAGCUCUUAAGGAGUUCAGGAGUGAGAAGAGGCCCUCAGAGAUCUGACAGCCUAGCAGCGCGUGGACACCGCCUCAGCCCGCUGAGCAGGAGUCACAGCACGAAGACCAAGCGCAAAGCGACCCCUGCCCUCUAUUCUAACUGCUCCCCCCUUGGAGAGAUGGCACCGGCCGGAGCAGGAUUCUGCCCCCUUCUGCUGCUUCUGCUGCUCGGGCUGUGGGUGGCAGAGAUCCCAGUCAGUGCCAAACCCAAGGGCAUGACCCCAUCUCAGUGGUUUCAAAUUCAGCACGUGCAGCCCAGCCCUCAAGCAUGCAACUCAGCCAUGAAAAACAUCAACAAGCACACAAAACGGUGCAAAGACCUCAACACCUUCCUACACGAGCCUUUCUCCCGUGUGGCCACCACCUGCCAGACCUCCAACAAAGCCUGCAAGAAUGGCGAUAAAAACUGCCACCAGAGCCAUGGACCUGUGUCCCUGACCAUGUGUCAGCUCACCUCAGGGAAGUACCCGAACUGCAGGUACAAAGAGAAGCGCCAGAACAAGUCUUACAUAGUGGCCUGUAAGCCUCCCCAGAAAAAAGACUCUCAGCAAUUUCACCUGGUUCCUGUGCACUUGGACAGAGUCCUUUAGGUUUCCAGACUGCCUUGCUGAGCCUCAAUUCCCUCUCCAGGCCUCUGCACCACUCCCCUACACCCAGAGCAUUCUCUUCCCCUCAUCUCUUGGGGCUCUUCCUGGUUCAGCCUCUGCUGGGAGGCUGAAGCUGACACUCUGGUGAGCUGAGUUCUAGAGGGAUGGCCUUUCAUCUUUUUGUUGCUGUUUCCCCAGAUGCCUAUCCCCAAGAAAGGGGCUAAGCAAGCUCAGGGCUGUGGGUUCCCUGGUCUAUGCCUUUGCACAUGUCUCCCCUGCCCCCUGGCAUUAUGGCAGCAUGACAAGGAGAGGAAAUAAAUGGAAAAGGGGCAUAUGGGAUUUGUGGACACAGCUGUUUCUGUUCCUGAACUAGAAGUCUUCCCCAGCUCUGACGUGGCAGUGAGGUGACCUGAAGCAAAGAAAAAUAUAAAUAAAUACCACUUCAUAUUUGUGUAGAGCCUCCACGUGAAUCCUGUAAUCCCCUGUGACAUAGACUUGACAGGGAUUGUAUGCCUUCUUUAUGGAUGAGGAAAUGGAGAUUUUAGAAAGCUUAAUUAAUUAAAGAGCUUGUCUAAUUAGUUAGUAGCAGAACCUGGACUUGAACCUAGGUCUCAUUACUCUAAAUAUACUGUACUUUCUACUCUACCAGUUGGGCAACAAAGAAGACACCAUUACAGGGGCAAGAGGAGAACUAGGUAAAAGUUCACCCAUGAAGAAAUGAGUGCUCUGAAGAGCCAGUUACCCUGUGUUGGCUGCAAUAAAGAUCAUUACCUCUCUAGCCAA